AUGGCGACACUAGGCGGCUAUCUCGAGAAAAAGGUCCUUGUCGUGACGGCCGACUCUCGAAUUCUCGUCGGGACGCUCACGGCGGCCGACCAAUCCACAAAUCUUGUCCUGAGCAAUGCGACGGAGCGCAUCAUCCGCGAGCCCGACGAUGACGAGCCGUCAGCCGAGAUCCCGCUGGGACUUUACCUCGUGCGAGGAGACAACGUCUGCUCCGUUGGACUGGUGGACGAGAAGCUGGACGAAAGCAUCAACUGGACGCAGGUCAAAGGGUCGGUGAUUGGUGGCAUCAAGCACGUAUAG